CGCGCAUGCGUAUAGCUUUGUUUUGACUGAAAAUGCCGUCGGUUUCGAAAACGGCGCUGAGCGGCUCCCCGCAGACCGAGAAACCAACUCACUACACGUAUUUAAAGGAAUUUAGGACGGAGCAGUGCCCGCUGUUUUUGCAGCACAAAUGUACUCAGCACAGACCCUUCACCUGUUUCCACUGGCAUUUCUUAAACCAACGCCGCCGCCGACCCAUCCGGAGGCGCGACGGGACUUUUAACUACAGCCCCGAUGUUUAUUGUACAAAAUACGACGAAACCACUGGAAUGUGCCCGGACGGAGAUGAUUGUCCAUAUUUGCAUCGGACGACAGGAGACACGGAAAGAAAGUAUCAUUUGCGAUAUUACAAGACCGGUACUUGUAUUCACGAAACAGAUGCUCGAGGGCAUUGUGCGAAGAAUGGACCUCAUUGUGCCUUUGCCCACGGUCCUCACGACCUUAGACCUCCUGUCUACGAUAUAAGGGAAAUCCAGGCUCAGGAAGCCUUACAGAACGGACAGCUUGGAAGCGGCGACGGAAUCCAUGACCUGCAGCCAGGAGUGUUGGCUAGCCAAGCGAUGAUUGAAAAAAUACUAACCGAGGAUCCCAGAUGGCAAGAUACAAACUUUGUGUUGGCCAGCUACAAAACAGAGCAAUGUACUAAACCGCCCAGAUUGUGCCGGCAAGGAUACGCCUGUCCGCAUUAUCACAACAGCCGAGAUCGAAGGCGCAAUCCUCGGAAAUUUAAAUAUAGAUCUACUCCAUGUCCAAGUGUCAAACAUGGCGACGAGUGGGGCGAGCCUUCGAAGUGUGACAGUGGUGACAAUUGCCAGUACUGUCAUUCCCGCACAGAGCAACAGUUCCAUCCAGAGAUCUACAAAUCUACCAAAUGCAAUGACAUGAGACAAACCGGUUACUGUCCACGAGGUCCCUUUUGUGCAUUUGCACAUGUUGAACGCAUUCCCUCUGCAGAGGAAGCCAUGAAUGUCAUGAUGCAGUCAGGCUGUCAUUUGAAGCAAGGCCAUUCACUUUAUUCUAUGGACAGUUUAGGCCUUUCCAGCGACUGGAACAACGCCCUGAGCUGUACAAACAAUAUCAUGAACCAGAAUGAACAAACAGUCAAUGCAAAACACAAGUGCCUGUCACUGGAUAAUAAUCAUAAAGGAAACGAUCAAGACAAUAAACAGAGCCAUCUCAGUGUUUUUUCAGUGGUAAAUCCACUGGCUUCCAGUAUAACCUCCAGUAUAACUUCUAGUCUGGCAUCCAGUAUUGGUUCAGAUAGUUCAUCCCCUACUGCGCUAUCAAGUGUUAAUUCCAAAGCACCCCCAUUCUACCCUGCUAGUAAUACAGUUGAAUCAGUAAUAGGUUCUGCCCUGGAUCUUCAUUUUAGCAAUAUAAAUGUUUCUGUAGAUAAAGACUUGGAAGACGCGGAUAAUAGUGACAUUGGAUUCUCAAGUCAGAGGUUAUUAGGAAGCUCGGCUCCUGUCAAUAUACCUGGUUCUCUGGCUCGCUCCUCUUCCCUCCAUUCGUCGUCCUCUCUUUCGACCUCCCCUCUGAGUUCUCUGUCCCAGUCGUUGUCCCAGUCUUACCUGGCAUCCAGUAUGGCUCCCCGCCAGCAGCCGGCUCAGUCCGUGAAAUCAGACCAUGGCGUCUUAGGCACAUCUACCACGUCUCACAACUCUCUAGGCUUAAAUGGAGUGACGGGCAGCAUAUGGGACUUUGUCAGCGGGAGUUUCUCCCCGAGUCCGUCACCAGUGUUCAGCAGUGGAACAACUCCCUCUGCCAGUACGAGCUCAAACGGAAACGAGCUUUCCCGUGUCAGGAGAGAGCUUGAUGAAGCAAAGAGGAAGAUAAAAAGAUGGGAAGACUCGUGGCAACAAGUCAAGCAGGCAUGUGAUGCAUGGCAGAAAGAAGCGCAAGAAUCAAAGAGGCGAGCAAAAGAAGCCGACGCGGACAGGCAGUUGGCGCUCAUGCAGAAGGAGGAGGUGGAAGUCAAGCUGCAGAAGCUCCAAGAAGACUUUGAGGUCUUGCGCAUCUCUCCUCAGUUUUCCUUGACAAUGAACUCUGGGGACGUAGAGAAACUCCCUUUACCAAAGCUACAGUCUUUGAAAAGUCAACUUCGCUCUGACUUGGAAACAGUCGAAGGGGUAAUUUUCCAGCUUCGCUCCCAGAAAUGUGUCAUCUGCCACGAACAAGAUAGAAGUGCAGUCGUACAGCUCUGCCAGCAUUAUGUACUAUGUGAGCAGUGCGCUUCUAGCAAACCAGAAUGUCCUUACUGCAAGACCAAAAGAAUCAAGUGGUGAUAACACCGUUUUACGCAGCUAUGUAUCAACCCCCCCCUCCGCUGAGAAACUCAUGUAUCAUGUAAUCAAACGAAAUAUUGCAUUCUAGGUCUUAGUAUCUCUUAUAGAAGAUAGAAACAAUAGUUGAAAAAUGUAUCUCUUAAAAGUGACAGACUGAUCUCUGCUGUCCAGAGAGACACCAAGGAUUUUCUGUUUCAAAUAUAUCGGUUCACUAGGGCUUUCUAAAUCAGUUGAAUUCAACGUAAUUUAUUACUUUCAUGCGUCUGACGUUCCUAGUACUUUAACAUCAAUAUAUUUCUCGAAUGGAGUUCAGCCUGGGCAUGUGACAAGCCAAAAAUUAUAUUUCCGAUUGUCUACAAUGUGAAUAAGAGGUGGACGAAAUGGGCACUGGCACGGUACGAGCGGAAUUAGGUGAGCCAAACGCUAGUCCAGUAAGCUGACCUGGAUGAGGAGCAUUUGGAGCACGGCAUAGACGAGCGACGGGAGAAGAUGCGUUGGCCAGCUGAGCUCUGACUUCAGCUACUCCUCUCCUGAUCGGCAAGGCCAGACUAUAUGUUGGACUUAAGCCUGCGCAGGCUUCCUCGCCUCUACAUGUUGUAUUUGUCUGUUCAGUAAGACUGCUGAUACGCCUAAAAAAGAAGCCAAACUUUGAAACUGUUUUUACAUGCAUUUAAAAAAAUCUGUUUGUGUUGCAGCCGUGUUAUUAACACCUAGGUGAUCACAAGAAACAAGGGGGCUUCUUCGCUAGACCUUGAGUUGUAGGCGAGUUGCUCCCAGCCCAGUCCUCAAGGCACGUCAGGUUUUAUGAAUCUCCCGGCUGGAAUAGAAAGUGGAAAUGAUUAAGUCCUUCCCUGUUAGUGUGUCUUGAGGACUGGAGAUGCAGUUCUAGACAUCGAUAAUCGAUGGUUUUUCUUUACCUAAACCAGCUUGAUUGCAGAUUCUCGGAAGCACUGAAAUGCACACUAAAUUCCACAUUUGUUGGCAUUAUCAGUUAAAAUUAACCUUAAAAAAGCUUUUCAGGAAGAGCGUGCCUGUGUGCAUCACCUUCGUGCACUGGAAGGCAAUGUGCUUUAUGUCGGGUGUUGGCUGUAUAGGGUAUCGCUAUAAGCCUUCCAGAAUAUGGAUAUAAAGGCUGGUCCUGUAAUACACAUAGGAUUAUGCCUUUUUUAAUGAAAUAUGCUCAUUUCUUUACAGAAAUUCCCGAACUUGCCUUAUGAUGACAUCUUUCACCAUGUCAUGCCUGCAAGUAAACCCCCUCUAAAUUGUUGUUUUGCUACACUAAAUGUAUGAAGUAGCUGUUAAACUUGCCCAAAAGCCAGCAAUCUUAUAUUCUACUAUUCCCUAGGCAACAAGGAGAAAAAUGUAAAGAAAAAAAAAAAAAGCUGGCAGGAAGAUAUAUCAACCGUUUCUUUUAUAGCAUGUAUAGAAGAUACCACAAUUUAUAUUUACCCUCUAUUGCUUCUUUA